AAAGAGAGUAUUGUGAUAUCAAUAUGAAUAAAAACGUUUAUUUAAUAAUAAUAUUAUCGCAAUUUUUAAUAUACUUUCACGAACGGAUUUUACUUAAUCCAACCAAAUUUGACGAACGGAUUUUACUUAAUCCAACAUGAAUCAUAAAACAUGUGAUGUGUUAGACAUUGCGGAAAAGUUAAGAAUUAGUGAUUGGUAAAAGUUCUUAGAAAAGCGCGAGUUUGUUUAGCCGCACCUCCCCUAGUGGAAUAUCAGUGUUGAUAGCAUCUAUAGAAUAAACAUAAUUAAAUGCUUCGUUUUAGAAUAAAAAGUAACACAAUGAAAAUAUGUAUUCACAUCGAAGAAUUAAAUUUUCCAUUAAUUUAAAAAAACGGAUAUGGUGUGUUUUAAAAAUCAAAAAUUAAAUCCAGUUACAUUGAGUCACGCAAUACACUAGAAUGUAAAAUGGCAACUUUACGUGAGUGAUGAUUCGCGUCACUAUUCGAUUUUUCUGAUCGUGUUUUUCGUUUAUUGAGAACAUAUUCUGUUAUGUUUGGAUAAUGUAAAAAUUACUUUUAAGCAGCCAGUUUUUUCUAAUGUAAAAAGUGACAAGCUGUGUUACGAAAUUAACUGUUACGCUGUGAUAAUACAUAUAACCCUAGCAGUUAACCUACCGAUGUCUUUUAUCGAGGCUUGCCCAGCUUGUGACAUAGAGUGAUUUGAAGAUGAUGAAAGGUAGCAUUAUGAAGGAAAUUUUAUUGAACAAAGCAAAUCAAAACAUUAAUGUACAGUGUAUUAUGCGUCAAGUACUAGAUGUGCCGCAAUCAAUAUUUUUAAGCGUAUAAGAUACGCCUUAAUUAUAUAAACACUCUGCUUGAAAUACGUGUAUCAAAUAGAAUCAUUAUAUUUCAUCGUUAUUAUUAUAUAAUAAUAUGGUGAUGGCAGGGAACGAAAAUACCUCUGGAUCUUCGACGGAAGAUUCAUUGUCCACAAGAUUACAGUGGCUUCGCCAACGUCGGGAAGCACUGCAAGAGAAGUUAGCUCAAAAAAAUAAUGAACUUAAAAACUUAUGUGUUGAAGAAGCAGAAUUAACUGGUGUUUUGCCAUCAGAAAUUCCAUUGGAGCCAGGAGAAAGCCCACCAGUAUUUCGUAAAAGAGUGGGAACAGCAUUUUCUUAUCCACAGAAUUUAAUUAACAAAUUACAAACAAAUGAAGUUGAGGAAUCUACCUUGGAGUUAGAACGGCAAGUUCAAAUUGGUAUAGUAGAAGCUGCCUUAGGUAUUGUAAAUGAUCCCACAGAAACCAAGGCGGUACGUCGUAAACACAGGCUAGUCUAUCAACAAAGUCAGCGCAAACUUCAAGAAUUGGAAGCACGAUUAAAUUUCAUAAGGCAAAGCCGUAGCAAAACUCAUCAGUCUGUACAAGUUCAGCACAAUGCAGUUUAUAAUACUCAGCCGCAUUUAUAUACCAAUGUAAAACACAGAACAAAAAAGCCUCGCCCACCGUUGGAUGGCACAGUGAACGACGGAAAUCCGAAAGCUACGAGAGGUUUACUUCAAGAAGGUGGUAUAAGCUUAAGUCCACUAGGUUCGGAAGACAAAUGUAGCACAUACCCUGGACACGUAUACGAUGACCAACUCCUAGUAUCUAAUAGCUGUAAUCACGGUCAUGUAGGUGCUUACUGUUCUCCGGUAUCCGAUCAGCGACAAAAUAUCAAAAUAAUAGAGCACGAUCAUAACGAUAACCAAAAUAUUUAUAUAUUACCGGACCAAUACCGGAUGCGAACAUACUCGCAUGGUAGCGGCGGAUCGCGCAGUCAAAAUCACUAUCAAGAGAGCGAGAAGUUAUAUCGCCCGUUGCCAAACACGUAUACCGAGGAAGAAAGACAAAUGCGGUAUCGUCAAAUUCAGCAACAGCAAAUUCAAGAACAAACUCAUAAUUAUCAAUACAACGAUUAUAAACACUUGGAUAAUGACGUUCAGCGAAGAUCCGGUCAAGAAUAUUACGACAGAGAUUUUCGUACGAUACAUUACAUGCACAUGCCCGAAUUUCCGGUUUACCAUAAAAACAACUCUCAACCACAGACCCUGCUGAGACGGGAUCGAGACUCUGCUGGAAGUAAAAAUUUGCGGUACACAGAUUCAUCAAAUGAAACGCAAAUACCGACAGGUUAUUGGAUGCGGUACGAGGACGAAAUCAUCUGGUGUCCCGAUGAUCAGCCUAUCGCGGAUAGAUUCGGUAGCUUAGACCGAAGGAAGCGUAACGCUGUACAACAUACUGCCAGUAUGGGGGCCGAUAUACAGCCGCGAUAUCGUACGGUGUCUAUUGGAUGCGGCAAAAACUCUUGCGUUCCGUCUCAUCAAAACGCUUCUGUUCAUUUGCUGCCAUUAUCCGAACACACCUCGACUAACAAUAAAAUGUUGCUUCGCACGCAAUCAUUAGGCAGCGUGGAGAAGUGGCAUUCAAGUCAUUUGCACGAACUGCAUGAUGGUAAGGAUACGACGGAUAAUGUUAGUCGCAAAGGAAAAGAGAAAGAAUGGUACGAAACCUCAUUGGACUCGGGCACAAAUCCAGGACUAGAUCUCGGUUUAGUAAGUUCGCAUAAGAAUAUUCAUUAUCAGUCCGCAGCGUCCGCAUGCUCCAAACUACCUAGUGCUAGCAGUUCUGAGGAUGGAAAGAAUAAUUAUAUGCCUCCUGUGAAUCAUCGUAAGACUGACAUAAUUACUGCCGAAAGUGAACAGCAUUUACAACCGCCAUCGUCGACUCGGUACGAACAAACGCGAAAGAAAGUGCUUGAAAUCCCAGCCGAGUCGAAAUCGUCUCAAGAGACGGGUGAAGAAACGAUUCGUUUGGGAUCGUCGCAGAAUUGCACGAUCGUUCAGGCUGGGAAAUAUCAGCCUUACAGGGAAGUCACGAAACCUUUCGAGAUGUCUGAUUUUUAUAAAUACUCUACCAAGUUCCGUAAGAGAAACGAAGGGAACGGACAAAAUUCUUCGAGCGAAGCACAAGACGAUUCUCGGGGAACGCAUUACACGGGAACAGAUCUUCAUGGAGAGUUGGAAGCAUUGAACGCUCCACAAAAUGGAUCGGUUGCCGGUUCGGUUCAAAAAAGGAUCUAUCAGCCGGUUCAACGAAUGACAUGUCAACCGUAUCUCGCGUCAUUAAGAUAACUCCUUUGUUUCUGCAUAGAUUACGAAAAGGCUGAAGGAUCGAUAGGCUGGACCUAUCUAGAUAAUUAUUAUAAUCUUUUCCCACUGGGAAAGAUUGAAAUAGCGUUGAUCGAAUGAAUCUUUGCUACGACGAACAGUCGUGUUUCAAGGAGUGUCGUGAUUCAAUUUGUUCAAAAUGGAUCGCGGCAAAUUCCGUAUAAUCUAAUACUUGCAAAACAAUUAAACGAAUACCCUGUUUCGUGAAAUUUGAUACCGCUGGCAUUUAAAACAUUUUUUCAAAAUCGACUGCAUUGAUAUAUCGAGACCUGAUUAGUGCCUUAUUUUAAUUGAACCCGUUAAGGAAAUUGUAUUAAAAAACGUAUGCAAUUGUUGCAUAACGAGAUAUUAAAACGAAGUUAAUAUACAUAGGCCACUCUGGCAAUUUAAUGGUUCUACGAGGAACUAAAAGACUUGCGUGCGUUGCACUCGACGUGUUUGAUUCACGAUCAUGUUUAGCAAUAAAAAUUUGUAUACCGUCACAAAGUGAUCGUGUUUCAUUGCGUUGACUGUUUCGGUUAGUAACAUAGAGUAUAAAUGAAUAUUUUUAUAUAAUUGAUUUUAUAGUAUAUUUACUGUACAGAUUGGGCUAGGCGUACGCUGGCAAUUUAAAAUUAUAUCAUAAUUCGAGUGCUGUUUACUCGUUGGAUGGAUAGAAAUGGUAUAAAAGCAACCAAGAUAUUAAAGAUGAAUGGAAUCAAAUAUAAAAGCAACCUUUAUGCGUUUAUGUAUGAUAUACAUAAUAAUGGAAUUUAGAGGAACAGUCGCUACUUUUGGGAGAAGUAUUUGAUUAAAUCAAUCAAGCGUUUGUUAUAAAUAUUAUUCGCGUAAAUGCAGACGUGGAGAAUUUUUCUAUCGAUAGUGAAGGAUAUAGAAUGAGAUAGCUUUUUCGAGGUAAAUAAAAUAUUAAUCAAAAAGUAAAUAUUUUCAUUUAGUUACUAAAUCUAGAAUAAGAUGAUUAAACGCUGAUUCAAGAAAGCUUCGAUUGUUUGGUUAUUGAAGAAUUUCUCAACAUCCAUUGUCAAUUCUCUUAUUGAAAAUAUUAUAUAUAAUUACACAUUUUAUUAAAUAAGUUUUAUAAGGACAAAAGGAUUUAUUAUUUUGUUAACAUUCUCUUCAAAUAUUGUCAACCUAUUUUAUUAUAUUUCUUUAAUAAACAUCUAAUAUUAUUUUCGCCCAACAAAUUUUAUUGAAUACUUUCCGCCGAAUGUAGUACACGUUUCUAAGAUUGAAUGUUUGCCAGUGGAUGCCUAAGCCCUGAACACUUUCGACAAUUAAAAAUACAUUUAAAGGAAAAGAGCGUGACUGGUAAACUAAUAACUAAUAGAAAAUGAAUAAUACAUUAGUCGAGCUUUAUCGUUGAAAAAUAAUCUUUCGAAAUGUGUGUUUCAUUAGAUGAUUAUCAUGUUUUUCUUUAAUAAGAGUGUUCUGCACAACGUUCGCUGUAAGAUAUAAGCGUACAUUGAAUUCCUAUAAUUUUGAGUGCCUUGGAUUCUGAGAGCCAAAGACUCGAAUGACGUUUUGCAACGCUUUGGUUGAAACUAUUUUGUAUUUAUUUAGACGAAAUCUAUAUACGAAUGUAACGAAAUUGUAUUUAGUUUCGUAACAUAUUUGUAAUAGAAUACUAUUUUUGCUUUAAGUUUAAUACAUACACCGAUACAAAUUUACAUUUCUCAAUAUUAAGCAUUGUAAACUUAAACUACCGUCUAAAUUAAGCGACAAUAUGAGCUUGCGAAGAGAAAAGAAAUUUUGUUGAUUUCAAUUUUGAUCACAUUUUUCUUGAGAAAUAAUAAACAAGUUGAUCCAUACGCACAUAUAUACAUAUAUAUGUAUAUAUAUAUAUAUAUUUGCAGCAUCCCUAUCGUUUUCAUUUGAAGAAACAAACACUCGUUAUAUUUAUAGCUUAAGAGUCGCGUAUUUCUUGUGAAUAUAAUAAACUCUUUCAGUUCCAUGCGAAAGGGUAGUUACAUGAGAAGAGAUGAUUUCAGGAAUGUUGACCUCUCUUCAUAGACAUACAGUCUACACUUUUAUUAAUCUACUUCCAAUAACAAAAAUAUAUCAUCGUAAGAAAUGAAAUCGAAACCAAUAUACAUAUCACUUAGUUUUCUUUUUUUAUCAUUGAGCUUGACUAAUAUACAAAUGAAUGAGUAUGAACGAACUACUCGACGCUCGAGCAAGAGAAUGGUCGCGAUGUUACUUCCAAGAUGCUUGUGCGUCCAUACCGAUCUUGAUCACAAAUUUCCAGAAAAAUGAAUUUUCCAAGAAAUCCCAUAUAUAUUCCUCAAACAUCUCCGUCGUCGAAACCGGAAACGUAUUCGAAGAUUAAAAACGUUCAUGAUUCCCAACGCACAAGACGAUGUUUUUAGGUACUCUAACAGCGUUAUAAAUUUUCUAUAGUUAAUAAUGAUUUCAAUUACGCAGGGCACGUGGAUUGUUGGCAAUGGUUUCGUAUUCUCGCAAUAGUACAGCGAAAGUAUAUUACGCUUAACUUAUUUACCACCUUAACUCAUGACUUCCUAUUUUACCAUUGUGAUUAAAAAGACACAUUACAUUGGGCAGUGACCCGUCACAACACGAUGUCCUAUGGACCUAUCUAUGAACAGUAUUAGAAAAAAGGAAUUCAAGACAUUGACUUGAUAAACGUCGCGGUUAAUUUAUUGUUUAACCCUUCUUGGCGGUAGGGUUGACCUUUGUGACGGGAAACUGGCGGAAACAUCCUUAUCUCUACAGUACUGGUCUUAUAACGACCGACGGCAAUCAUUUACAUUAACGUCACCGUAGUUCGAGGACACAUUAAAAUUCGAAAGACGUGAGCUCAUCGACGAAUCAAAGAAACCUAAUGUAAAAACGAACACCUGCCUGGCUGAAUCGUAACAAUAAGAACAACAUUGUCCCACGAAGCGUUCCUCUUCUUUCGCACAGAAGGGCACGCGGCGAAGCGAUUUAAAAAAUAGAUCACGCUGAAGCGAAGAUAAAAUAUUUCCUAAUUCCGCGAAAACACGAACCUCAAUCGAAAGAUUCGUCGAUACGUAGGAAGCAAAAGUCAAGGUCAUUUACACCUAAAAUGCACGUCCUACGACUAAUAUCGCCCAAGCAGUUAGAUUUCCAAGUUUACGAUUCAUGCAUUCACUCGCAAACCAUAUAAAAAUUCGAAUUUCAUACAUUCGUCUGGUGCACUCGUAAAUACACAAACGCGCAGGUUGUUUCAUCGAUAAUAAUGUUUCGCUUCUUUUUUAUCCCCUCUCGUUUAAAACUAAAAUAAAUUAACGUUGAAGACUUGUAAAUUCAAAUUCAUUGGCACUCGGAACACGUUCACUUCUUCACAACAUGCUGAACGAAGAGAUACGCCUUUAAACAGAACUAAAUUGGAACUCACGAAAAGUGGCAAUACCCAGUGUUGUCAGAUAAUAUAUGGAGAUGUUGUUAUUCUUAUUGUUAACGCGUAAACACUAUUUCAAACUGAACAUGAAUUUCAUUCCGGUAUCGAUUAAUUGACAUUCACGGAAAAGUAAACGCAUAAUUGCAUACGUCAGUUGAAAAUGGAAAGAAAACCUUCUAAAUAGACGUUUGCCAUACACAAUAAUAUGUAUCGGGUGUCCUGAGUAUUUUUAUAAACAGCGUUAGCAAUAACAAUAAACGUCGAAUAAUAACAGUCCUUUAUAAAAUUAACAAUAUAAAAAUUUUAUAAAAAGUACAAACAACUUGCGUGCGUAGAAAGUUUGUCUAGUAAAAUAUCAAAUAAAACGUUAACUGACUGUUCGUUAAAGGCAACACUGAGAAUAGAUUCUUGCAAAAGAAAGACUUUUUCUUAUCGCUAUGAUUAAUAGAUCGAAUUUUUAUGCGCAACACAUUUAACUCAUUCAGACAAAUUCCAUUAAUACCUUCAAAGAUCAUUCAUAUGAAGUAAUUCUAUCAAAAGAAUUGAUACCGUAUUCUUUGGCUUUUAUUUUCCUUUAUACAACUCUGAUUGGCCUUCAUUCAUUAUUACAAAUGAUAUUUGUCUUCUACAACAGGAUCAUUGAUUCCGAAUGGAUAGCAAUUAAAAUAUGUAAACAUAUAAUAAAUAAUAAAAUAUCCAGACAAGCUGAUAAAAAUUUCAAAACUAUUUUCAGUUUACCUAUUGUUUGCAACAUCAGUUUUCAUUCUUGUUCCUUUUUAAAUUCGGAAUCAGUACAUAUCCGCCAGAAAUUGUAUUCUUUUCACCUUUAGCAAUACAAACAUUCAACUAAAUUUUCAUGCUAUCACACAGUCAUACUUAUUACAUGCUACACUCGAUUUGCGCAUUUAUCACGGAUACCUUAUAUUACUAUAUCAAUUAAAAACUAACACUAUACAAUUUAAUAAUUUAAGGAAUUUUUUUAAAUGUUCACAGAAUUGUAACAGGAGGUAGGAUGAAAGUCGUUAAUUUUAUCCCCGAUAUGAAUUGAUAAUCGAAUAGAUGCAACAUACUGGUUAUUGCAAAUAAUGGUUUACUAUAUUUUGCAAUAUCUAAAUUGAACACUAUUUCCCAUGAAUUUUCCUUUAUUCACCAAGUCAAAUUACACCAAAAGCA